UCAGGAAGGCAAUAAUAGGUCAGGUAUACGUUUGGAAUCUUGGUUUCCGUAUUUCACAAGUCUCCCUACUGUGUCGAGUGCAAUCAUGCACGCUGAAGAAAACGUCAAGCAGAUUGAGUCGUACUCACUUGUUCAGCAACAGGAAACUGACAUCCACAAAUACCGUACUGAUGAACCAGGGCCUCCUAUUCCGGAAAAGGAUGGCGAACCCCAGUUUACCAAACGCCAAAUCAUCAAAAAUGUACUGGUGGUCAGCAUAGCCUUUGUUGUGCUAUUCAUCUCCUAUGGAAGUAUGGCCAAUCUACAGUCCAGCCUCAAUAUGGAAAGUGGAGUCGGAAGUGGAAGCCUUGCUGUUAUAUAUGCAGCAAUGAUUAUCUCGUGUUUAUUUGUACCGUCAUUCCUUAUUGCCCACAUUGGUUGUAAAUGGUCGAUAGUUCUUUCAAUCACGGGAUACAUCGCAUAUAUGGUAGCCAAUUUCUAUCCUGUAUGGGCCACAAUGGUUCCUGCGUCGAUUCUGAUUGGACUAGGUGCAGGCCCUCUUUGGUCAGCCAAGUGUACCUAUUUGACCACCCUGGGGGUCUGGUAUGCCAGAAUGACUGGACAGUCUGAGGACGCCAUCAUUAACCGGUUCUUUGGAGUCUUCUUCAUGUUCUUUCAAUCGUAUCAAAUAUGGGGAAACAUCAUCAUCUUCAGCAUAUUUUCGUCAUCAAGUAGUACAGCGAGUAACACUUCAGACACCUCUGUUCCUGAACAGCGCAUAUGUGGAGCACGGUUCUGUCCUAGUCAGAUUGCAGCCUCGAACAACACAAACCUCGAACGUCCUGUAGACACUAAGAUCUACAUAUUGUGUGGCGUGUUCGUGACCUGCGCUGUCUCGGGGAUGUUCAUUAUCAUCCUGUUCCUCGAUCGUAUGAAGUUGGUCAAGGAGGACCAGCAGACCAAACGGGUAUCCCCCCGGGUGUUGAUGGCCAGCAUCAAACACCUCAUCACCUCCAGAUACCAGAUACUCCUUGUACCCCUCACCGUGUACAGUGGAAUAGAGCAAGCCUUGAUCGGUGGAGACUUCACCAGAUCCUUCAUCACGUGUACCCUCGGCAUCCACUACGUCGGUUACAUCAUGAUCUGUUACGGAGUUGUUGAUGCUUUCUGCUCGUUUCUGUUUGGUCAGCUGGUCAAGAGUGUUGGACACAUACCCUUCUUUGUGUUAGCUUUCGUGCUUCACGGAUCGUGUCAAAUCGUGUUCCUACUUUGGGACCCCGACAGUAACAGCUUGUACGUGUUCUACAUCAUCGCGGGUAUCUGGGGGAUGGGAGACGCCGUUAUCCAGACACAGAUCAAUGCUCUGUAUGGGCUCCUGUUCAAAGACAACAUGGAAUCUGGGUUUGCGAACUACCGACUAUGGGAAUCUGUUGGGUUUAUCAUACAAUAUGCAUAUAAUGAUUAUCUGUGUACCAGCACAAAGCUGCACAUAUCCCUUGCAAUACUUAUCACUGGCAUGUUUGGAUACGCCACUGUGGAAGUAUUGCAGCGUCGUGAAAACAACAGCAAGAUGCUUGGUGAUACCCGUAAUGGUAUAACUGUAACAACGGCGUGAAGCUUCAGACACUCAAGUCAACUGGAAAAUAUAUUGCCAUCAAUAAUCUUAUUCAAUAAAUAUGAUAUAGCAAUAUAUAUUAUAUAUUUCUAUUUCUAAAUUACAUUGAUGUAUGUUUUUAGUCUUAUAUUACGGUACUAUCUUUUCCGACUUGUAUGUACCGACGUCUUCACCAUGCAGGAUUUACUGCCCUUGGCGUUUGUUAUUCUAUAUGAGUGAGUGAGUUGGUUUUAACGCCGCUUUGAACACUAUUCAAGUCAUAUCAAGGCGUGUCAGCUUCAUGUGGGAGGAAAGCCCGGAAUGAUGCAGGUCUCUGACGUUUACCACUUUGUCUAAACCCACGAGCACGGGCAUGGUGCUGACGAACCUAGAAAAAUACUAUGGACGAGCCGGGAUUCGAACCCACGAUCUUAGGUCGCCCAAGUGACGCAGCUCUGGAUGCCGAAUUGCGGCGCCUUAGACAACUGGGCCACCCGUGCCCCCUUAUUACAUAUGUAAUAAAACAAAACAUCUUGUCAAUGUAGAUAUCUUUGUUGAA